GUUUCAGCUUAUAAAAGUUUCAAAUUGAAUUGAAGACAAUACUCCACCGAUAGUAUUUUUAUUUUUUUUAAUAUAUAGUUUUUGAGAUUUUUUUUUUCAUCCAUUAAAACUAAAACUACAACCCAGAACUUUAAUGGAAGCUAAUUCAAGAAGAUUAAUGGGUUUAGAGAAGAAGAAAAAAGUAGAAGAAGAAUGGAACAAUAUUUACAACUCUAAACACCAAUUAUCUUCUGCUGAUUUUCCUUCUUACUUCGUGUUUGGUGUCGCCACUUCUGCUUAUCAGGUUGAAGGUGGAAGCAAAGAGGGAGGAAAGGGUCCUAGCAUAUGGGAUUCUUUUUCACAUACUCAAGGUAAAAUAUGUGAUGGAAGCACUGGGGAUGUGGCUGUAGAUCAGUACCAUCGCUACAAGGAAGAUAUUGAGCUCAUAUCCAAGUUGGGAUUUAAGGCUUAUCGUUUCUCAAUAUCGUGGAGUCGCAUCUUUCCUGAUGGUUUGGGUACCAAAAUCAACGAUGAAGGCAUAAAGUACUACAAUGAUCUUAUUGAUGCACUACUUGAGAGGGGCAUUGAGCCUUGUAUAACAUUGUAUCAUUGGGAUCUCCCUUUGAAUCUUGAGGAAUCUUGUGGAGGCUGGUUAAAUGAACAAACUAUAAAAUAUUUUGCCAUCUAUGCAGAAACUUGCUUUAGAAGCUUUGGCAAUAAAGUGAAGAGGUGGAUUACAAUUAACGAACCUCUUCAGACUGCUGUAAAUGGAUAUUGUACCGGUAUACAUGCCCCUGGAAGAAGUGAAAGCUCUUCUACUGAACCGUUCUUGGUAGCACACAAUCAGCUGUUGGCACAUGCUGAAGCUGCUUCCAUUUAUAGGAAUAAAUUUAAGGAUGAGCAAGGAGGAGAAAUAGGCCUGGUGGUGGAUUGUGAAUGGCCUGAGCCUUUAUCGGACAGUUUAGAGGACAAAGAUGCUGCAACAAGACGCCUUGAUUUUCAGCUUGGAUGGUACCUGGAUCCAAUAUUUUUUGGAGAUUAUCCUGAAAGCAUGCGUGAAAGACUUGGAGAUAGGCUUCCAAAUUUUUCACAGCAAGACAGGGAGUUGCUAAAACAUUCGGUGGACUUCAUUGGUCUGAAUCACUAUACUUCAAGAUUUGUUGGUCAUGCAGCAAAUAGUCUUGAAGAGAAUGACUUCUAUAAGAUACAGGAUGUAGAGAUAAUUGCUGAAUGGGAAGGAGGAGAGGUGAUCGGUGAGAAAGCGGCAUCAUCAUGGCUUUAUGUAGUUCCUUGGGGAAUUCGGAAAGUUCUUAAUUACAUUGCAGAGAGAUAUGACAAUCCACCAGUGUAUAUCACUGAGAAUGGUAUGGAUGAUGAAGAUGAUGACAUAUCUCCUCUCCAUGAGAUGUUGGAUGACAAAUUAAGAGUUUCUUACUUCAAGGCAUACCUUGCUGCUAUUCAUCAGGCGAUCUUGGACGGUGCUAAUGUGAGGGGUUAUUUUGCAUGGUCAUUGCUGGAUAACUUUGAAUGGAAUCUUGGUUAUACAAAACGCUUCGGUCUGACAUACGUGGACUUCAAGAAUGGGCUAACCCGGCAUCUAAAGUCUUCAGCUUACUGGUUCAUGAGAUUCUUAAAAGGUGGACAAGUAAAACAUGGGAAAGAAGAUUAACUAACUUCUUGUGUUCUGGUGUUAGCAGCUUAUGUAUUUUCAUCUUCUUCUUUUUUUCUAGUGACUCUCUGUAUACUGCUGCUGAGGCUUUUACAUGGAAAACUUUUCAUCUUUCUUGUAUGAUAGGCAUAAUCAUGACUUUAUUUGUUUGGCUCAAGGUGCCUGGAAUAUGGAAUCUGUGAACUCACUGUCAAAUAGAUUUAACUUGUAUGGUUCAACAAUCAUAAGAAAUUAUAAGUUUCUUGAGAUAA